AAGGAGAAAGGACUGGAGCUUGGAGGUGUGGUGAGAGAUUUGAAAGACCUGAGAAAUGAAAUAAGGGAGACCCUGCCCAGCAGGACAGGGAGACUCCCUUCCCCCCAGCAUAUAAGGACCAAGGGUAACCCCACCUAAGGGGGAUGAGGGUGUUGUAAACUGAAGUAAUGAGGCAGGAUUGGGGCCUAGAGGCCCAAUCAGAUACUCCAAGGAAGCCUAGGAGAUUUUAUACAAACUUGGUAGUCAGAGGAGAGAGAGUCCAGAUGCUAGCAGGCAGAGGUUUUUUCCCCCCACCCUGUCAAUUUAUUAUUCUUUUGAAGAUUCUUCGUUGUCAAGCCGCCAAAGUGGAGAGUGCGAUUGCAGAAGGGGGUGCUUCUCGUUUCAGUGCUUCUUCAGGCGGAGGAGGUAGUAGGGGUGCACCUCAGCACUAUCCCAAGACUGCCAGCAACAGCGAGUUCCUGGGGAAAACCCCAGGGCAAAACGCUCAGAAAUGGAUUCCUUCACGAAGCACUAGACGAGAUGACGACUCCGCAAAUGACAAAGAACGACACGAUGCAAUCUUCAGGAAAGUAAGAGGCAUACUAAAUAAACUUACUCCUGAAAAGUUUGACAAGCUAUGCCUUGAGCUCCUCAAUGUGGGUGUAGAGUCUAAGCUCAUUCUAAAAGGGAUCAUACUGCUGAUCGUAGACAAAGCCCUCGAAGAGCCGAAGUAUAGCUCCCUGUAUGCUCAACUAUGUCUGCGGCUGGCAGAAGAUGCACCCAACUUUGAUGGCCCAUCAGCAGAGUGUCAUCCAGGACAGAAGCAAAGCACAACAUUCAGACGCCUCCUAAUUUCUAAACUUCAAGAUGAAUUUGAAAACCGCACCAGAAAUGUUGAUAUCUAUGAUAAGCGUGAUGGUCCCCUUCUCCCGGAGGAGGAGGAACAGAGAGCUAUUGCCAAGAUCAAGAUGCUGGGGAACAUCAAAUUCAUUGGAGAGCUUGGCAAGCUUGAUCUUAUUCAUGAAUCUAUCCUUCAUAAGUGCAUCAAAACACUUUUGGAAAAGAAGAAGAGAGUUCAACUCAAGGAUAUGGGGGAGGAUUUGGAGUGCCUCUGUCAGAUAAUGAGGACAGUGGGACCUAGACUAGACCAUGCAAAAGCCAAGUCCUUAAUGGAUCAGUACUUUGCCCGUAUGCGCUCCUUGAUGUUAAGUAAGGAAUUGCCAGCAAGGAUUCGUUUCCUGCUGCAGGAUACUGUGGAGUUGAGAGAACACAACUGGGUUCCUCGCAAAGCUUUUCUUGACAAUGGACCAAAGACUAUCAAUCAAAUCCGUCAAGAUGCAGUAAAAGAUCUGGGAGUCUUUAUUCCUGCUCCUAUGGCUCAAGGAAUGAGAAGCGACUUUUUUCUGGAGGGACCGUUUAUGCCACCCAGGAUGAAACUUGACAGGGACCCACUUGGAGGGCUUGCUGAUAUGUUUGGACAAAUGCCAGGUAGUGGAAUUGGUACUGGUCCAGGAGUUAUUCAGGAUAGAUUUUCACCAACCAUGGGACGUCAUCGUUCAAAUCAACUUUUCAAUGGCCAUGGGGGACACCUCAUGCCUCCUGCUCAAUCCCAGUUUGGAGAUCUAGGCAAAUCUUUUUUGAAAAAUCAGAUUAGCCUGAGACCUGCUCAAUCUUUUCUAAUGAAUAAGAACCAAGUGCCAAAGCUUCAGCCCCAAAUAACUAUGAUUCCUCCCAGUGCACAACCACCACGCACUCAGACACCACCUUUGGGACAGCCGCCUCAGCUUGGUCUCAAAACAAAUCCACCACUUAUUCAAGAGAAGCCUGCAAAGAUCAGUAAAAAGCCGCCACCUUCUAAGGAAGAAUUGCUUAAACUCACUGAAGCUGUUGUGACUGACUAUCUGAACAAUGGAAAUGCAAAUGAUGCUAUCAGUGGUGUGAGAGAAAUGAGGGCUCCAAAGCCCUUCCUACCUGAGAUGUUGAGCAAAAUUAUCAUUCAAUCCCUAGACCGAUCAGAUGAAGAUAAAGAGAAAGCAAGUGCUUUGAUCAGCUUACUCAAACAGGAAGGAAUAGCCACUAGUGACAACUUCAUGCAGGCAUUCUUGAAUGUAUUAGACCAGUGUCCCAAACUGGAGGUAGACAUCCCUUUGGUGAAAUCCUACUUAGCACAGUUUGCAGCCCGUGCCAUUAUUUCAGAACUGGUGAGCAUUUCAGAACUGGCUCAACCACUGGAGAGUGGCACCCAUUUCCCCCUCUUCUUGCUUUGUCUUCAGCAGUUAGCUAAGUUACAAGACCGUGAAUGGCUAACUGAACUCUUCCAACAAAGCAAAGUCAACAUGCAGAAGAUGUUGCCAGAAAUUGAUCAGAAUAAGGAUCGUAUGCUGGAGAUCUUGGAAGGGAAAGGACUGAGUUUCUUGUUCCCACUUCUGAAACUGGAGAAGGAACUGUUGAAGCAAAUAAAAUUGGAUCCAUCCCCUCAAGCCAUCUAUAAAUGGAUUAAAGACAACAUUUCACCCAAACUUCAUGUAGAUAAGGGAUUUGUGAAUAUUUUGAUGACCAGUUUCUUGCAGUAUAUUUCAAGUGAAGUAAGCCCUCCUAAUGACGAACCAGAUUCUUCAUCUGCUCCUUCUAAAGAGCAGUUAGAACAGGAAAAACAACUGCUUCUUUCCUUCAAGCCAGUAAUGCAGAAGUUUCUUCAUGACCAUGUUGAUCUACAAGUGAGUGCUCUGUAUGCACUUCAGGUGCACUGCUACAACAACAACUUUCCAAAAGGCAUGUUACUGCGCUUUUUUGUUCAUUUCUAUGACAUGGAAAUUAUUGAAGAGGAAGCCUUUUUGGCAUGGAAAGAGGAUAUUACUCAAGAGUUUCCAGGGAAGGGCAAAGCUUUAUUCCAGGUAAACCAGUGGCUAACCUGGCUGGAAACUGCUGAAGAAGAAGAAUCUGAAGAAGAAGCUGACUAAAGAACCAGCCAAAGCCUUAAAUUUGUGCAAACACUGUUGCUAUGAUGUAACUGCAUUUGACCUAACCACUGCGAAAAUUCAUUCCGCUGUAAUGUUUCACAAUAUUUAAAGCAGAAGCGUGUCAAUAGGAUAUUCUUCUGCAUAAGGUUUUUGUAGUAUGUCUUAAUCAUAGUCUACCAUAAAAUAUUUUAGAGUAUCUUUAAUGUUUAGAUAACAGUGUAUUAGCAGCAUGCAAUAAUUACAUCAUAAGUUCUCAAGCAGAAGCAGUCUAUUGCAAGGGUUUUCUUUGCUGCCAGUUAUUAUAGGCUGUUAAGUUAGAAAACUGAAUAGCAACACUGAAUACUGUAGAAAUGCACUUUGCUCAGUGUAAUACUUGAGUCGUUGCAAUAUUUGAUUAUCCAUUUGGUUGUUACAGAGAAUCCUUAACUGUAAUCGAUGGUUGUUGCCGUAAUAGUAUAUUGCCUGUAAUUCUACCUCUAGUAAUGGGCUUUAUGUGCUAGAUUUUAAUAUCCUUGAGCCUGGGCAAGUGCACAAGUCUUUUUAAAAGAAACAUGGUUUACUUGCACAAAAACUGAUCAGUUUGGAAAGGUGCUUAAAUGCCCUUGGAAGUGGUUUUUGUGGGUGUGAAACAUAAAAUAGUGAGAAAUUGAAUUGGUCCCUCUUAUUAUAGUAUUGAAAUUAAGUCUACUUAAUUUAUCAAGACAUGUUCAUGCCCUGAUUUUAUAUACUUGUAUCUAUCAAUAAACAUUGUGAUACUUGA